AGGCAAGCCCCCAUCUCAACACACCCCGUCCAGAGGCAGAUGCAGACGAAUUCUCCCGUCUCAAAAUAUCAAAUCCCCCUCGGCAGCUGCACGGCAAGGCGCCCCAGUCCACCAAGCUUUUCAACCCCAACUCCGACCCUAUCCCCAUGCGCCGGCAUGCAGAACCAGAGCUAGCUCCCGAGGCGAACAGCAGCCUGCAUGUCCCCCGCAACGCAGCACAGAGGCGGGAUCCCUCCCAAAAUCAGCGCCUUUACGAUCACCGCAAGGACGACCCUGUUCGAUUCUCGGUUCUCGCCCGCCCAUCGUCCAAUAAUAUGCGCCAGCAAGCAGCCUCGAAACCCUCGGGCGACUACGUCUCCGCCUCCUCCACCUCUUCCUAUGCCCACUCGAUGGCCUCUUCGAGUUUCACUUUGUCAUCAGGCACUACCGAUAAUUCGUCAGCAUCCUCCGCAGUCUUUGACGUCCAUGGGAAACCCAAGGAUGACGCCGGCAACAAUGCUUUUGCCGUCCAACUGAAGAAGCUGUACAGGAACAUAUCAGCCUUGGAGUCGAAGAUCCUGAACGAAGAUGCCGACGACCAUGCCGACGAAGGACGAGUGCUCCUUCAGAGCCGCAGUCGAGGUGUGUCGGAAGAUGAAGCUGAGCAGACGAAGUGGGUUAGGAUCAUAUCAGAUCAUAAACAACUUGCGGAGCUCAUGCACACUCUGAUGGAGAUCUCGCUAUCACCAAGCGUUCCGGCCUCACUGCGGGUCAUUCCCACCAAGUACAACAUCAUCAUCCGACUUUGGACCCACGGGUUUCACAAAGUAUUGGAGAGUCUCCGCCGUGCUUCCUUCUCGUCACCCAUAGCUCUGGAACAUCUCCAGGACUUCAUCUACUUUGCUUACACCUUCUACACCGGCCUCCUCGAGGAACCGGCCCUCCGUUCGUUCCGGGGAGGCUGGUUAGAGGCACUCGGGGAUCUCGCCCGCUACCGAAUGGCCGUUGCGGCCAUGGUCAACAACAAUCAGAUCGCCGGCGCCGCACUUACUACCGAUGCUGUCUCGCAAGCAGCAGCAAAUACUGUUGACGAUACGCUCAAAGGCCCGAAGUCUCAUACCAGUGCUAAAUCUAGUGGAAACCGCCCCGCUGCUCGCAUCGAUGACUCCCCGACACCCAGUGUGGGCAUUGUCGCUGCACGAAACAUGGUGGUCGAGCCUGAGAAGGAGCGGUGGAGGUGUAUCGCCCGCGAUUGGUUCGCUCAGGGCCUUGCUGAUACGCCUGGCGCUGGCAAGCUGCACCAUCAUCUUGGUUUGCUGAGUCGCGAGGUGGAGGCCGAAGAACUGCGUGCCGUCUAUCAUUUUGUAAAGAGUAUGACGACACUGCAUCCCUUUUCGACAUCCCGCGAGUCUAUCCUUCCAAUAUGGUCGUUAGCGGCACAAACACGUCGAUCGCAGCCAGACGCUCGUGCCCCCGAGCUAUUUGUUCUUCUACAUGGCAUGCUCUUUACCAACAUCCAGCUCGAUGAUUUCCAACCAACACUCGCUCGCUUCCUUGAACGCUUGGAGAUCGAGGGCGCCGAAGAACGUGAAUGGAUCAUGAUGGCCGUCAUCAACAUCAGCUCGCUUCUCGAGUAUGGCCGCCCAAGUGGCCUGCUUCGGAAGCUUGGUGCAUCCGGCACCCGAGACAUCGGGUCCAGCAACGUUCGUGUGGCCAAACGACCCGCUCAGCAGGAUGGGAUGGAUGUCGACGAAGAUGGCGAUGAAGACAUGAAGCCCUCUCCUGCAAUGUCGGAACCCUCGGUUGGAGCAGAGGCACCGCUGCAACUCAAACUUGCUAUGCAGCUCGCAUUCACCAUGCUGUCGUUUGUCCUCAAGAACCCACUGCGCAAGAACUCGCAGUUCUCCCGGCCUUCCGUCAACUCCUAUAUCCCUGUUAUUCUCACCUUCCUUGCCACAGUCUUGAAACAGUCCGACAUCCUAUCGACCUUGGAGCGAUCCGUGCCUUGGGAAGAACUUGCGAAUUUCUUCUCUUCUCUCCCUCAAAACGUGAUGAUCAACCAGGGUUUGCUCGCCCCAAGUCUUGGUCACGAACGAUGGGCCAUGCUCACGAGUGGAUGCGCGCCUCCACUUCCAGAGGACUGGUGCCUACGCGGCAUGGAAUGGGUUGGCCGGAAGGUCUUCGAGCGAGGCUAUUGGAAGGGCGGUGAGGAGCAACGUGCAGAGGUGGAGAUUUUGGAUGUGGUGGAGGAUCAGGUAGUCGAUGAUGGCGUGAUUGAAGACGACGAGGAAGACGGUGUCUCACGGAAGUCCAAGGUUAGCGACAGCACUCGCCGCUGGACACGUAUUGCACGGUGCGCUGUCACCAUUUCGCAAGUCGUCGACGGCUUCAACUGGGUCGAGGGGACGAGGGCAUGGAAAGUCGAAGGCGCUCUCGAAUCCAAGGCUCAGCAGUGGUCAGUGGAGGACAAGCGCGAGCGUGAGGAAGAAGAACGUCGCCGUUCGCGCAGAUGGGUUGACGAUUCGAUGGAUGUCGAUGACGAGGCAGGUCUCGACGAGGAGUCGGAAGAGAGUGAUGGCGGCGAGGAUUCUGAGGCUGUUAGAGAGCUCAAGGCGCGCCGACAAUAUUUGCGCUCGAUGUUGGCCUCGUCUGGACGGACAGGUUCUGGCAUUCGCCACGACCGCGUUCGUAGAAACCGCACCAUCAAGCCUCAACACAACCUCAAGAUUGUUCCAGGCUACACUAAUCUCGUCCUCGACACCAACAUCCUUCUCUCGUCGCUCUCCAUUAUUUCAUCGAUUGUCCAAAGUCUCACUUGGACUAUCGUUCUUCCGGUGCCGGUGAUUAUGGAACUCGAUGGGCUCAAGUCCAAUGAUUCUCAGCUCGGGCAAGCUGCCAAAGCCGCGCUUGCCUUCGUCACAUCACACAUACACUCGCACUCGACAUCAUUGAAGGUGCAGACCUCGAAAGGCAACUACCUCACCUCCCUCGUCAUCCGCACUGAGCAAAUCGACUUUGACGGUCAAGAUUCCUGGGAUCGUUCCAUGGAUGACUUGAUCCUUAAGGCGGCUAUCUGGCAAGACGAGCACUGGGUUGACAGGUCCGCACUUCUCAAGGCACCCACCCACCCCGUGGAUCCUACCGGUGCCGUCAAGGUCGUUCUUCUUAGCUUUGACAGGAACCUUCGUCUCAAAGCUCGGUCACGAGAGCUCCCCGCCGCAGGCGAGAGCGAUCUUGCGGCCAUCCUGGCCAUGGAGUCGUGAUAGAGUCUGGCGUCAUUUCGCUGCUGCCAUCUUGAGCCAAGCUGCUCUUCGCCCCGCGCCGCCAUCCAUUGACUCUGCUCUAGAGCUUUGGUGCUCUUUUAGGAGUCGUGCUUAGUAUAUGUGUUCUGCAAGUGCGUGCGCCAUUUCAAUGGACUGAUGAAUAGCACGCCGUGUUGUGGUUGUUGCCUUCACUCUCGUUCUAUCAUAGUAUUAUCAGUAUUAUCAUUAUUUUUGCAUGUGUCCCCUGUCACCAUACCCUCUCGCUGCAUACAUAUCUUUGUACCCACUCUUUCGUCUCUGUUUCAAUAAACAUCGUUUACUCGUUUCGUCUCAUCAACAUCAA